AUAAUCCGCUCACUGGCGUUUUAAAACUUUACAGGAAAUCUCGUAGAUAAAGCGGUAACAUGAGCACAGAUUAAAAUCUGGAGCGGGUGUGGUUUUAUUUAGCAGUUUGACAUUUUGUAAUGCUAAUGAGUAGGCGCUCUCUGAGGCUGAAUCCUGAAUCAAACAACACGCACUAUCUCAGUGCACUACCCAGGGGAGAACACAACGCGCGUGCUCGCGUGUCCUAGUGCACUAGCAGUCCGGUGAGAGGAGAUUUGGGAUACAGCGCUAUCAGACCUGCUUCAAUUCAUUUCUCAAGUUUGCAGGAGGAGUAAUGUCGGGUAUCAGAGCGCCUCACACUGUAAGGUGUGAGCGAGCUCCACUGCGUGAUGUACAGAAUGAGAGAUCAGCACUGCAGCAGACUCCGCCCACUGUUAAAGUGUGUGAGAAAGAGAAUGUCUCCGACUCGUCCUUCAUCACAGACUCUGAUCUACACCUGUGCAGAAGUGAGACUAACACAUCAAACAUCACCUUCAAAUCCUUCACCUGUUCCGGGGGGGUGGUGGAGAUUUCAGACAGGUCUGAUCUCCCAUACGAAUCUGAUUUCUCUCACGAAUCCGAUCUCAUUCCUAAUGAGUCGACACACACUUUUAAUAACACCACCGUGACACACGAGGACGCUGAGGGCCAACACCAGGAUCAUCCAUACUGCACACAUCCCAGCCACAGCCAGCAGGAGGAGCUCCAGGACCACCUCACCUUUAAAUCCUUCACCUGUCCUGGAGGAGAGGUCCAGAUCAAAGUGUACAACUCGAUCCUACACCAUGAGUCGGUUCUCGAUAACGGUCCAAAUGUGGAGAAUCCAACACAGAGGUCCGACAGUGAGGAGUGUGAGGAACAUACAGAGCUUCCCAGCUGUCAUUUUGAUCAUCUACACUGUAACCCUCAAACAUCUGAGCUGAGAUCUGUGAAAAUGGAGGGUGAUGGUGAUGAGUCUGCGACCGACGAGUUUAUCUCCAAAAACUUUACAGAUGUUACUUUUAAAUCCUUCACCUGUCCUGGAGGAGAAGUUGAGAUCACAGAGGAAUCACUCCUGGACAACGUAUCUCACAUUGCUGAUUAUUCAGAAGUGCAGAAUCUCCAAAGUGAGACUUUCGAGGAGCACACUGAGCUUCCCAGCCGUCUUUUCGAUCAUCUGUACUGUAACACUCAAAUCUCUGAGCUGAGAUCAGGGAAAAUGGAGGAUGAGGAUGAUGGUGGGUCUGUGAACCAUCCAUCCAUCACCAUCUCCAAAAACUACACAGAUGUUGCCUUUAAAUCUUUCACCUGUCCUGAAGUUGAAAUCGCAGAAGAAUCAUCAGUACAGGGAGAAUCGCUCGUGAAGAUUGGAUCGCUCCUCACUAAAGAUUUGGAGGUGCAGAAUCUCCUCAGUGAGACGUGUGAGGAGCACACCGAGCUUCCCAGUCACCAUUAUGAUCAUCCAUACUCUAACGACAAAACAGCAUCUACACAAGUAGAUGUUUCUGCUACACACUCCUCUCAGCUAGAUGCUACUAAUCCAGGAGGAGUCGUUACUACAAGAGAGUCUUCCAGUGUUCUGAACAUCUCCACUGCAGAGGAGUGCUCCUCAGGAACUGGAGUGGAGAUCCAGGGCACAGAGAGAAUGAUCCACAUGUCCAUGCUCAUGCAGGACUUAAACAUCUCCCAUCAGUCCGUGUCUUUUCCUACCAGUGAGUUGAGUGAACAUGAUGGAAAAAGGGAAGAUGAUGAACAUGUUUAUGGUCACGUUGUGAGAAAUGAUCAGCCGGUGAUCGUUUCUGAGAAUAAAGCUCUCCUCAGUGUGCUGGUCUCCAAGUCUGGAGUUUUGGAAAGUUCAGAAAGUGCAGUGAGGAAACAGGGACCAGACAAUAUAAAGGCUGUUCCUGAAAGUUCUUCAGACCCCACAGAGGAGCAAAAGGUAGAUUCAAUCCAGCAGCAAGAUUCUGACCUGCAAACCUCCAAAAAUCAUGAAGAAAAUGUUCUCAAUGAUAAAAACACCCCAAGUAGGUGUGAUUUUGAGGAAGUGUUUCCACUGGACAAUGAUGACAUGUUUCAUUCAUCAGCCUUCCAAGUUAAUGGAGUUCCUGAGAAGUUUGUUCCUGCAGAGGUUACUGCUGAUAUUUCAACCCACGCCCAUCCAGAAAUCCUGCGUUCUGAAAGUGUAGAUGUGGAAGCUCAGAUGAAAAUGUGGAGCCACAUCAUUCUUUCUGAGCCUUCCACUGCUAAAAAUUCUGAGCUCUGGCUUCCAGAAAGUCCCAUUCAUCCUCCUCAGCUUCACUCCACCAUACUCACGGCACCUCUGACCCCGCACCCUGCCCCUGAUCGUGAGCUUCAGAAGGUCAUGAAGGACUUCUCGGCAGUGGGAGGAGGACCUCUCCAAGAUCAGCUCCGGAAAAUGGGCGAGCUCCUGAUCGCGGCCUCUGGGAAGAUCUCUGCCCCUGAAGACGUGGCACCGGUGCAGCAGCACAGCGCCUGUGUGUGGACCACACCCACGCGCCAGCAGGAGCGCAGCACCAACACCUCCGCCAUCAUGGAGGAGAGGAAGGAGAUUCACGUCGCUGAUGCCUGCACCUCAACAGACUCUCUGCUCUGGAGCAUGAGUCGUAGUAACCUGGAGUGCUUGUCCCGCUCUGAGCUGGAGCAGAAGAUGAUCUCCACCCUCAUCAUGGUGGAGGUUCUUUCUCAGCAGCUCAUGUCAGCGCAGACGCUCAGAGACAGACGUGAGCCGGGUCCGUCCAGUCUGAGAGACCGUCUGGUCCAGACGGAGCACACUGAGCUCAGCCCGACUGGGCCACACAGGGAGCUAUAUGUGAGUGCACUGGAGAGAAUCCGAAUUCUGGAGAUCGACCAGGAAACUGUUCAGAGUUUACACCAAUCCAUGCAACUCAUGAGUAACAGCAUGAUGAGUAUUAAAUCAGAAACGGAGGAGGCUCUCAGCAGCAUGAAGGAGCUCAAAAGCAUUGUUACUGAUGAUCAAGAAAUCCAGUCCCAACAGCUGGGACAGAUGAAAGCUCUCCUUGCUCACUGUAUGGACACACUGAAGAAGAUGGAGCAGAAGAACAGAAUGUGUGUGAAGGACAGAGAUGAUAUGAAGCAAAAGAUGGAAGAUGCUCUAAAAGAGAAGUCCACGGUGUUGCGGGUUCUGGAGCAGUUUCGUAUUCAUCACACAACACAAGUGUCUGAUCUCCAGCGUAACCUCGGAUCCCAUGGAGAAAUGACAGAUGCACUCACACACACUUACAAAGAGCUGGUGGAGCUGAACAGGAAUCACAUGGACUCUGUGACUGAAGCCAAUACACUGCUGAGAGAGACACUGAAGGAUCACACACACCUUUCAGCUGAGCUACACAGAGCUCAGCAGCUCCUCCAGAGGACAUAUCCGGUACUUCACACACUCCAGCACAGAGCAUCAUCUGCUUUACAGCAGAGUAUUACACACCAGGAGGAGAGAGACCGGGCUGUGGAGGACAGAGGACAGAUGGAGCAGCAGCUGUAUGACACUCACUCCAGCCUGCAGGAAGCCCAUCAGCAGAUCGCAGAUCUCCACACUCAGAUAACCAUCAUGAGUUCAGAGAUGGCGGUUCUGCGUGAGCAGCUGUCUGAGGUAGAGGAUGAACGUUCUCAGUUACAGAGGAAGAGUACUGAACUCUCUGCUACGGUUUCCUCUUCUCUCGCCUCUUACACUUUCCUGGAGCAAACACUCGCUUCCGAGACCAGCAAAUUGCAGCGCUCACUGCACGACACUCAGCAGGCCACUGAGAGAGCAGACAGUCUCCAGGCUGCCCUGGUUGUGUGUGAGAGGAGGGUGGGGGAGUUAGAACAGAUGUUGGAGCAGAGAGACCAUCUAAUCUCUGAACUCAGCACUGAAACGGAGAACCAGCAACUGCAGCUGCACAGACUCACACGAGUCCAAACUGAACUGUCUAACACCAAGGAGAUGAGUGAGUUCCUUCAGGCGGAGAACGAGAUGACCCGAGAGCAAUUGGCUGAGAGUGAGGGAUUGCUGCGUUCACACCUUCAGGGUCUAAGAGAGAGAAACUUGGAGUGUGAGGACCUCCGAGUGGAGAUUCAGCAGCUGCGUGUGGAGAAAGAGUGUGUGCAGCAGGAGCUGGUCAGUACUCGUGAUAAAGCUCGGCUCAUGCUGUUGGAUCAGGGAGAACAGCUGGCUCAGGCCACACUGGACACCUCUCUACUGCUGCAGCGUGUGUGUGCUCUCAACAUCAUCACACACACCACUGAGCACCACAACCACAAGAGUGAAGAUGGUAUGGUCCAGACUGACCCUUCAGCUGUUCCUCAGCCCAGCAGCUCGUUCCUUCACUGUGUCAUGAACGCCCUGACUGAAGAGCAAUCAUGUGCCUCAGAGCCACCGACUCUCCCAGAGGAAGAAGACCCAGUUGAGAGCAUGGGCAGCAGGAGCAGUGCCUUCACUCGGAUCACACCGUCUGAACUCCCAAACGGUAUCGAUGCGAAGUGUGGUACCACUCUGCUGGAGUUGUUAUCAUCUCUGGGUGAGAGUGUGUCGGUGCUCCACCAGGCCAUUGAGCAGCUGAAACAACACAAAGACUCUGAAAUACACACACUUCAAAAGAACAUCCGUGACCUGCAGGGGGAGAUGAAAGCGCAGAGUAACAGACAUGGAGAAGAGGAGGCGGAGCUUAAGAAGCAAGUGGGCCGUCUUAAAGGUCAGAUGGAGAAAGAUGCACAGGUGUUACAGCAGAAGACAAUGGAUGAGAAAGCUCUGAGAAAGUUGUGCAGUGAGCUGGAGGAGAAGAUGGAAGCAGCACAGAAACACAGAGUAGAGAAUAGUGAGCUGCGCAGGGAGGGGGCGGAGCUACGCCGGGAGCUACAGCAGUCACAGGUGGAGGUUCAGGCUUUGAGGGCGGAGCUAAGUUCCAAAGGCCAAUCAGCAGCCAGCAUGAAAGACCUGGACGACAAGAUCCGCCUCCUGAGAGAGGUGGAGAAGCUGAAGGCCAGUCUACUGGAGGUUGAGGAAUCCAGAUCGAGACUGCUGGAACGAGCAAAGAGACACCAAAUGGUGCAUGCGAUGAAUCGGAGUAAAAUGGAGCGCGAGCUUCAUCUGCUAGACGACAUGAUCGAGGUUGUAAGGAAGGCUCUCUCUGCUGUACCUGAUGUAGUAAACAGUUGUCCUGAGCUGCAGAAGUUGGUGGAGUAUCUCAGCUGAGUGAACUUCACUGACUAACUGCCUCUGCCUCAAUGUUUUAUCUGUUUCUGAUUCAAUUUUGUUAUAAUUGGAAUUAAAAAUAAAUAAAAACAUUUGUGUAUAAACAAA